GGGACUGACGGCGAGACGUACAAUAUCUCCUCCAAUGACCACGUACAGAUCCGAGAGGUGGCGGAGAAGAUACUUCGAUGCUUCCAUCUCGAUGGGACCCGUGAGUUCGACGACUGGAUCGAGUUUGUUCCGGAUCGCCCGUUCAAUGAUAGUAUGUACUGGACCGACGAUUCCAAGCUGCGUGCGCUUGGAUGGAAACAGCGGAUGAGUUUCGACGAGGCACUACGGGUGACUGUCGACUGGUAUUGUCGGGACAGCGAGGGCUUUUGGCCAAUGUGUGAUAGCUCGGUGAGUACCGUCGCCGUUGAUGAAGAUAUUGUUAUUGCCGAAGGCAACCAUAUUCGAGCUAAUGGCGGCGACACAGACCAUCCAAGUUCCCCACCUGGGCGGAAUCAAGGCCGCUACGCCCUCUCCAAUGACCACUACGACCCGUCAAAGCCGACAUGCGUUCUGAUCAAUUCUAUGUGCAUGACUGUCUCGCUCUACCAUGAUCAAUUCAACAAUAAGGAGCUGACCGAUGCGAUGAACCUCCUGGCCAUCGAGCCCUUGGGUCAUGGCGCGACCAGCUGCCCCUCCGAGCAUUUUACCUACUGGGAUUCGGCCGUCAUGGCGUUACAGGUCAUGGAUCACUUUGGGAUCCAGAAGGCGUUCGCCCUGGGAACAAGCCAAGGGGGGUGGAUGGUGACGAGGAUGGCAUUACUCGCACCGGACAGGAUCCUCGGUCUCAUGCCCCUGGGCACGUCCAUGGAUUACGAAUCAGCCGAUUCUCGAUCCAAGGGGUGCUGGGACCCCGCAGCCAGUCUGACAGCCUUCUAUGACAAGUGGACGAGCCCUGGCGCCACACCUGACUUUGUUGUAGAUGAUGUUUGGUGUGGGCUGGUAGGAGGCAUUGGCUUCGGGGCUGCGGCCACCGCAGAGAAGUCUGCAUUCUGGACUAAAACCCUGAAAGAAGUAUACCAGGGUGACGAGGGACGCAAGAAGGUGCGGAUGGCACUUAAUUGCCUCCUGGAGCGUGACGGAUUGUUGCUCCGACUGAGGGACAUCAGAUGUCCUGUUUACUGGCUACAGGGCACGGAGGAUACGCCGUUUGGGACAACAGUUCCUGCGGAACAAAUCAAACUUUUCACUGCUUCCCCAGAGGCCAAAUUGGUCAUGAUCGAGGGCGGUGCGCACUAUCUCAAUGCCACGAACCCGAAGGAGAAACCUUUAAAUCCCGUCAAGCUUACUGUUGUUGAUACCAACUCGUGCAAGUGGCACGACUUGCCGGUCGACUUCAUGAAAUGCGCCAUACAGGUUAUGCCAUUAAUCAAUGAUACGGAGUCGGGCAUGGCAAUAGUCAAGGCCAGACAUCACCGGGGCGUAUGUGAUCCUUGGCAUAGCCAUCCGUGUGCCCAUGCAUUGUAUGUCCUUGAGGGCACACUGAAGACGCACCAAGGCAACUAUGAACCGGGACACUUUGUCGCAUUUCCAGAGGGAGGGGUGAUGAUACAUGGAGCCACCGAUGAGCAGGAUUGUGUGGUCCUCUUUAUUACGAAUAAGAAAUUCGAGAUCCAUUUUGCGGGGGACAAGAACAAUCCUAAAGCACCGGUGCUGGCCUCUGGUUAG